GUCGUUGCUAUGGAGAUUCUAUCGAAACCUUCCUGAAUGACUUGUGAAGUAUUUUAGUAAAUGUUUUACUAAAACAAUUUAAAACAGCAUUAUGUCUGAGAUUACGACUCUUAAAAUCUCUUACAUUUUUCCAAAUGGAGACAAAUAUGAGGGUGAAUGCUCUCGUACUUCAGAUGGUGUGGUGAUAAGAAAAGGGUCUGGCACACAGACAUCAGCCUCUGGAGUUACAUACACUGGAGAAUGGGACAAUGAUAAGAUGAAUGGCAGAGGAACUCUUACACAUCCUUCAGGGGUGUUUUAUAGCGGCCUGUUUAGAGACAACAUGUAUCAUGGCAAAGGAACUUACCGAUUUCCUGAUGGGACAGAAUACACAGGAACCUUUAACAACAACAGAUUUGAAGGUGAAGGGGAGUUCACAGAUUCACAAGGACUCGUGUGGACUGGGAUGUUCCACAACAAAGCGGCACUGGGACUGAAGCUCAAAGUCAACAUGUGACAUGCACACAAACACACACUAUUUAAAUUAAUACACCAAAUAAAAUCUGUUCUUUUGUACACUGGACCAAACUGAACUUCAAAAGAUAUUCUGAAAGACUUUUAAGUAGUGAUAGUAUAAUAUGAGCAUCUUAUCAAGAUGAAGAAAGCAUUUGAGCCAGCUUCAAGAAUUACCACGCGUGAAAUGUUUGAAAGAGAUCUUAGAUACAAAGUGAUGCAUUACCACAGCUAGCAGCCCUGAGGCAUUGAUGAGAUCUGUUUUACCAAUGAAAUAACUUCAGUUCCAGCAGCAUCCACUGAACAUCAAGAACACAAUGUUCCCACACACUGCUCUUCAGAAAGAAUCACUACUUUGUUUUAGUGCAGGGGGUGAGAGGAAUGUGAUUCUCUGUAUAUGGUUCAGCCAUUGGUGGAGCGCAUCUCCAAAAUACACGAGCAUGCACAAACAGCAGAGCUCAUGACUGCGGUGAGAAGUCAGGAGUUGUGUAAGACCGUGAAGUUCAAUUUCCCAUCCUCUGGAGUGAGAACGUCUUUACUGAGGAUCAACAGCACAUCUGGACAUCUACCGGCCUUCAGUUCUCUUCUAAAACUGAAGCUCAAGUGUGGGAUUAAAUUUAAAACUGAAUAACUUCUUGAGGGUGUUUAAUUUGCUUCAUUGUUAUACCUCAAUUAAAUUUGGCGUGGCCCAAUGUUCAAUUUUGAGUUUACGACAAUAACUUUGUGGGUGUUUUUGUUCAUAUGUCUAGCGGAUCUUUUCCAGAGCUCAUACAGAGUUCAUUGUAAAAUGGAAAAUUGGUCUUAAAGGUUGAAGAGGAAAUUUAAUCGUCUGAUUCUGAGCCAUAAAAAUGCAAACAGACGUAUCUUUCUCUCUCUCUCCCUUCAUCCAUCCACUUACUGUAAAACAAGGCCUCUUUUUGUCCUCGACUUCAUCAGACUCACAUGUUUCAAAGAGGAGGGGAAGAGAUAGGUGGGACAGAUGAGAGAGAGAGAGAAAGACAAGUGAUAGAAAGCCAGAGUCACAGAAUCAGAGAGCUCGUCUGUCAUUUCUACCCAUAUCAAAACAUAUAAGUGUGACAUUUCAUUGGCUUGUACAAUUAUCAGUGUGAGCAAAGAAACUACUAGAAAGGAUCCAAACCACAGAGGAUUUGAAACAACCGUCCUGGAUUUGGACGUGGAAGACC